AUGAAAGUGUGCGGGGCCGGGCCGGGGGGAGCGGCCGAGGGGGCUCGGAGGGGAUCGGGGCCGGGGAGAUCGGGGCUGGAGCCGGGAAUCGGCGGCGCCGCCGCCCCCCCGCAGCCCCCCGGGGGUCCCGGAGAGGAGCGAGCGAGGCUCUCGGUGCUGCUCAGGAGGAUGCACUUGUUCCGGAGCUCCAGCUACGAGGUGCGGCUGGAGGGGGCCGGGGGGAACGUGCCCCGCAUCCAGGGAAUCCGCUGGACCCCACUCCUGGACUCGGAAUCCAGCCUGGACUAUGGACACAGCAUCACCCAGGCAUCCUCGGAGAAGAUUUGGCGAGCAGGGAAGCUCCUGUUCGCCCACCUGAGCAGCUCCCGGCCCGGCCUCAUCCGCGAUCACAAACAUCACCUGAGGCACCACCGGCAGUGCUGCUCAGGGAAGGAUUUGGUGGAUUGGCUGCUGAGCUCCGGCGCUGUCCAGACGCGCGGCCAGGCCGUGGGCAUCGGGCAGGUGCUGGUGGACGGAGGGGUCCUGACACACGUGAGGCAGGAGUGGCAUUUCCAGGACAAGGAGUCGCAGUUUUAUCGCUUUGCCGAGCUGGAGCUGAGCCCCGAGCCCGGUGUGGGGCCGAGGGACCCCGAGGAGCUGCUGGAGGCUUUGGGGUUCCUGGCCCAGCUGGGCCCUGAUGCGCUGCUCUCCAUGGCCCUGCGCAAGCCGCCUGCCCAGCGCACGCAGGACGAGCUGGAGCUGAUCUUUGAGGAGCUGCUUCACAUCAAAGCCGUGGCUCAUCUCUCCAACUCGGUGAAGCGGGAGCUGGCGGCCGUGCUGAUGUUCGAGGGGCACCAGCGCGCUGGCACCGUCCUGUUCAGCCAGGGUGACAAGGGCACCUCCUGGUACAUCAUCUGGAAGGGCUCGGUCAAUGUGGUCACCCAUGGCAAGGGCUUGGUGGCCACCCUGCACGAAGGAGACGAUUUUGGGCAGCUGGCUCUGGUGAACGACGCCCCGCGGGCGGCCACCAUCCUUCUGCGUGAGGACAAUUGUCACUUCCUGCGAGUGGACAAGCAGGACUUCAACCGCAUCCUCAAGGACGUGGAGGCCAACACGGUGAGGCUGAAGGAGCACGGCAAGGUCGUGCUGGUGCUGCAGAAGGACCUGCAGGGUGGCAGCGGCCAGGCGGCCUCGGCACGGAGCAGCAGGUACCUGGUGAUAGCCGGGACCCCCGAGAAGAUCCUGGAGCACCUGCUGGAGUUUAUGAGGCUCGAUGCCACCCUCUACGACCCCGUGGACACGCUGCUGGGGGAUUUCCUGCUCACCUACACCGUGUUCAUGCCGACCUCGCAGCUCUGCCGCGCCCUGCUGCACCAUUUCCGCGCGGAGCCUCUGGAGGGUUCGGAGCAGGACAAGGCCACCUAUUCCCUGCGGAAACGACGGAAAAUCCUGCGGCUCGUGAGCCAGUGGGUGCUGCUCUACGGGCGGCUGCUGCAGGGCGACCGCAGCACCACGGCCCUGCUGCAGAACCUGGCGGACCUGGCGAGCCGGGACCCCCAAUUGGGCGGGUUGGGCCAGGAGCAGGGCCAGGAGAGGCGACGGCCCCGAGCGCUGGAGAACGGUGACGGCAGCGUGUCCCCCCAACCCAAGGCCCGGAGCUCAGGAAUUUGGCUCGGGAACCCCGAGGAAGCGAUCCUGGACAGCACCUGUGCCCUGAGAGCGCAGGACAAAGUGCCCUACGAGAUCUUCAGGGCUGACCACUCGUGCCUGGUGUCGGUGCUGCCCGUGAACGCCUCGGUGAGGGACGUCCUGCGAGCCCUGGCCCCGCGGCUGGGCCGGGACCGGGAGCACGUCCUGGUCAAGGUGAACUCUGCUGGAGACCGAGCGGUGCUGCCGCCGGACGCCGUGGGGGUGUUCACAGCGCUGGGGCUCAACGAGAGGCUCUUUGUGGUCAGCAUGGACGAGCUGGGCAACCUGACCCCUCACCCUGAGCAGCUGGGCCCCCACGCCGGCUCCUCGGACACGCUGGACCUGAUCAGCUCCAAGGAACUGGCCAGCCACCUCACGGACUACGACUGGAACCUCUUCAAGAGCAUCCACCAGGUGGAAAUGAUUCACUACAUCGUGGGCCCGCAGAAGUUCCACGAGGUGGCCACGGCCAACCUGGCUCGGGUGAUGCGGAGAUUCAACGAGCUGCAGUUCUGGGUGGCCACCGAGCUGUGCCUGUGCCCCGAGCUCGGGCGGAGAGCGCAGCUCCUGCGCAAGUUCAUCAAACUGGCGGCGCACCUCAAGGAGCAGAAGAACCUAAAUUCUUUCUUCGCGGUGAUGUUCGGUGUGAGCAACACGGCCGUGACUCGGCUGGCCAAGACCUGGGAGAGGUUGCCCCACAAGAUCCGGAAGCUGCACUCAGCCCUGGAGAGGAUGCUGGACCCAUCAUGGAACCACCGUGUUUAUCGCCUGGCCGUGGCCAAGCUGAGCCCCCCCAUCAUCCCCUUCGUGCCCCUCCUGCUCAAAGACAUGACCUUCAUCCACGAGGGCAACCGCACCCUGGCCGAGAACCUCAUCAACUUCGAGAAGAUGCACAUGAUGGCCAAGACCGUGCGAGUCCUGCAGCGCUGCCGGGGCCAUGCACACGCCCCGCUGUCCCCACUCCGGACCCGCUCCCCACACCGGCCCGAGGACGCCAAGGCCGUCAGGAUCUCCACGUGCUCGGAGCAGUCCCUGAGCGUGCGGAACCCCGUCUGCACCUGGGCCUACCUGCAGCACCUGAGGGCCAUCGACAGCCAGAAGGAGCUGCUGAGGCUGUCCCGGGACCUGGAGCCCUGA